CCGCGCGCUCCCCCGCCCGCCGGCCGGCUCCCGAGCGCCCUCGCGUUACCUGCCGCCCGCGCUCCCUCCCAGCUCAGGGCCUCUUGUGGCAAGGAUGAUAAAAACUCCAGGUAGAAGAUAAAUUAAAGAAUCAGAAGAAAUUUGAGUGUACACAAAAGAAACAAGGAAGACUCCUGGAGCAGAAUCUAGAGUACAAGUUCUGAUGUGAGAACGUCUAGCCCAAAAAAGGAGCAGGAGUUAUGAAUGAUGUCCCUGUGAGAGGUUUGGAAUGUCCAUCAAAUGCCUGCACCAGUGCAGUUGCACAGAACAGCUCCUUUGAACGGCAUCACUUCCAGCUGUCAAACUCAAGCCUCUGGCCUAAAGUGUUUCGACUGCAUUGCCUGCCCCACGAAUGGCUACCCAGCGGAAGCACUUGGUGAAAGAUUUCAAUCCUCAUAUCACCUGUUACAUUUGUAAAGGAUAUCUUAUCAAGCCCACCACAGUAACUGAGUGCCUGCAUACCUUUUGUAAGACAUGUAUUGUUCAGCACUUUGAAGAAAGCAAUGACUGCCCCAGAUGUGGCAAUCAGGUACAUGAGACCAAUCCAUUAGAAAUGUUAAGGCUGGAUAACACAUUAGAAGAAAUUAUAUUUAAGCUGGUGCCUGGACUUCGAGAACAGGAACUUCAGCGUGAGAUUGAAUUUUGGAAGAAAAACAAACCUCAAGAAAAUGGACAAGGUGUCUGUGGCAGCUUGCUUGUAGAGAUGGCCAGGAUGAGUGGAGGAGUGCUUGAGCAGGGUAGCAGAGAGUAUGAAAGUCCAAAAGCUGAAAAGCCCAAAGUAGAUGAAGAGGGUGAUGAAAAUCAAGACGAUAAAGACUAUCAUAGGAGCGACCCUCAGAUUGCUAUUUGCCUUGAUUGUUUACGCAACAAUGGGCAGUCAGGGGAUAACAUAGUAAAAGGUUUAAUGAAGAAAUUCAUCCGCUGUUCUACACGAGUGACUGUAGGAACCAUCAAGAAGUUUCUCAGCUUGAAAUUAAAGCUUCCAAGUUCUUACGAGCUGGAUGUACUAUGCAAUGGUGAAAUCAUGGGGAAGGAUCAUACUAUGGAAUUCAUCUAUAUGACAAGAUGGAGACUAAGAGGUGAAAAUUUUCGGUGUCAGAACUGCUCAUCUUCGCAAGUCUGCUCACAGGAUGGCACUUUUUAUCAGUCUUACCCUAUGGUACUGCAGUAUCGACCCAGAAUUGACUUUGGUUAGACCAAAGGGCCAGAUCCCACUGAGAUGAAUCCUGCACUAUUUGUUUACCCAUCGACAGAUUGCACAAUGAAUGGAUGUGCCUGGAUUAAGAGGACACAACCAGAUUUUCAGCAUGCAAAUAAGGACAUUGUAUUUCUUAAAGUUGUCAGUUGCAUCUUUGUUGUUUCUAUUAGAGCAAGCCAAGUGCCAUUCUGCUACUGAAAUGUGCAUAAGAUAUUUGUAGUAUCUUAAAAAUGUGCUGCAAGUCAUAGCCAAAAUCAUGACAUAUAUAGUAAAGAUUCAGAAACUACAGAAUAUUUUGCCUGCCUGUUAGAAAAGUUUUCUAUUCUAAUGUUGAUUACACUAGCAAAAUGGCAGAAUGCUCAUUCCAUGUGGUAGUGCAAUUGUCACAUAUUUACUGUUUUACUGAUUAUUGUUGUAUAAAUGAUAGAGAACUGUACAAAAGUUAAGAAUUAUACCUUGAAAAUAUUUUGUAUAGAAAAUAUAUUUAGAACAGUGGUAAUUUUGCAACUACAUUGUUACGUUUUUCAUGAGUCUGGGUAUAUCUCACUCAUCAGCGUAUAGCAAUCAUUUUGCAGUGAAUGAAGAUUAUCCUUGCAACAAUAUUAGAACACAGUCAUUAAACUGAGCCAUUUUAUUUUAUCUAAAUAGAUUAUUUUAGUAUCACCUGCCCUAAUGAGUGAAAAAUUUUAUGGCUUGCCUGAAGGUUGGAAUUUGAUAUUCAGUUAUUUAGGAUUAUGGUAGCUGGUCAAAUUACAUUAUUUUAAUAAUGUCAGCAUAAAAGUGAGGUUAAAAUCAUAUAAAUGUUUAAUAAAAAGCAGAAAAUCCUGUUUAAAAUUACUCCACGUGGCAAAAAUUUAUGCAUCUUUUGUCACUGUUGUCAUUCACAUUAAGGAUUUCAUUUUAAGAUUGGGUUUACUUGUGUUCAAGUUUGGCAUAUAAUAGAGUAAAAUAAUGCAAACUACUGUAAUAAAUUUCUAAAUACAUAGCUUUUAUGGCAUUAAAUUUCUGUUUAUCUGAGGUUCAGUAGCUAUUGCAGAUUAAUUAGUUAAUGUCACAUCAUAAAGCUAGUUCCAUAAAACUAGAGGUAAUGCAAUAUAGUAGAUAAGCAGUCUGAUGGAAAUAAUUCAGCCUGUACAAAACAUGUUUUUCUCAGACCUAAGAGUGGUGGGGGAAAAUGUGAUUUUUGCCUUAGGUAUGACAAAUAUAAUGGUUUUAGUGCAGAAAAUUGUAUUAAGGUUUCUGGUAACCUUAAUACAGGAAGCAUUGUGUUUCAACUGUUUUCUGUACUCUUCCAUUGUCUUUGCUCAGUUUGCAAGUCAGAGUAGGUUUUUACUUCAAACUGUGCGGAAAUAAUUACUGUUCAAUACUUGGUAUAAUUUCUAUUUAAUGCACAUCUACCAGCAUUCCUAUUUAUUUUUAUAUGACUAUGUAUACAACAGAAACAGUUGACUUUCAGAAGCUACUAUAGAAUCCAACAAAGAAAAACUAAAUGUAAACCAUGAGAUCUAAGCAUAAAAGAUGGAUUAUGGGAAAUAGCUCCAAUAGAAGUUUAGUGUCAGUACAAUUUAUAAGUGUAGGGCAUGCAAACAAGCAUGCAUGAUGGGCGAAAUGCUGGGCCCUUUAAAUCAGUGACAGUUUUGCUAUUGACUUAAGUGACAACAGGCUUUCAUGUUAUUCGUAUACACUGAGUCAAAUGCUACUUUUGUGUUCCAAAAGCCACAUAACAAGAGGGAAUGGAGACAUUGCCCACUAGCAUUCUGUAAGAAAUCCUGCCAUUGCAGAUCAAGAGUGCACAUAGUAUGCUGAGACAGAGUGCCAUGGGAAACAUUUGGAGUACUCCCUUCAGCUGGCACAGUAUGCUUGCUGACUGGUAUUGGAGCUAGUUUGCCCAUUCUGUUGAUAGAUGCACUUGCUGAUUACAAAGUCUAAACAUCUCUUGCCCUCCCAAUCCAUUACAUGCUCAUUGGCAGAUCUGAUGAGUUGCUCCAUAUGGAUAUACCCGGCUCCUACACAGAGCCUUAACAAAUGCAAUGGUACUCUUUACAGAUUUGCAGGCAUGGGAUCCAAAUUUCUAUUGCAUAUCAUUAUUAUAUGCAUUAUACUAAAUUCCUUUAUAAAGUUAGCAAUAGGAUGUUAUUUCUAAAUAUUGAUAUAUAUGUACAAAAGACACCUUACAAUUUUCAUAUCCUUCACAUCAUAGAAGUGUUGUGUUUAUGCCAGGAGUGUUUUCAAGGUGGCUUCAUGUUAAAAUGCAAGGUUUGUUUCAAAACUUUUGGGUUCAGUUUGUCAUAAAAUUAAUAGCAGGUUUUUCAAGCUUAAUUUUAAUUGAUUUGGGAGUCAGUGUAUUUCUUUAACUGUAUAUUUGCUAGUUUGAUAAAUUUGGAUUAAGUAUUUAAACAAACGGAAGGGCAGCAUAACAUUUGUUUGCAGUAUUGUUGUAGCCCGGUAGUGUUAGAAUAUUUGAAAGACAAGAUAGGUGAGGUGAUAUUUAUUGGACCAACUUCUUCAGGUGAAAGACAAGCUUUCAGGCUCACGUAACUCUUCUUCAGGUCUGAGAAAAGUGUAGUGUGUCACAGCUAAAUACCAGAUGAAACAAAUAGCUAAACAGAUGGAGUUUAAUGCAUUGUAAAAUGCAUUAAAGAUGAAGUGAGCAGUUAACCGCUUUGCAGCCAUGGGACAAAGAGGGCUACUGGGACAUGGAUUGUUGCAAAGAGCUAUAUAAACAGUAUCUUUACUGAGUCCAUAGUUUUUAAUGUCUAGCACCCCAAUGAAUUUUUUCCAGCUUUUUAAGGCAUUAUGCAGGCUUCCUUUCAUAAUGAGAAGAGGUUAGAUAUGGAGUGAUUGCUUUGUAAAAGGUAUUUGGCCAUGAGUGAUGGGGUGUUUUUAGUCUUUAUCAUUGUUUUGUGUGAGUUCAUUUAAGAAUGUAGUAAUUGUCUGGUUUAAUCCACCAUUGUUGAGGCAUUUAGUGCAAUGGAUGAGGUACACCAUAUGUUGAAUUAGGCAUGUGUAGGUCUAAAUGGUCUUGAAAGAUAUGUUAUGGAAGAUAUCGAUCAUAUGAAGUGGAGAUAUGCCAUCUGGGUUGGCAUCUGUUCUGGUUUUGAUGCCACUAUGAGUUGAUAUGUCCUUGUCUGUGGGCAGCUUGGUUAUGAUGAUGACCUUGAUGAGGUUGGGAAGUUGCUUGAAGGCCAGAAAAAGGGCUCAGGAAAGAUUUCUUUCAGGCUAUAAUUAUUGAUUGCCCUACAUGAGUUCCAAAGUGGAACUCCCAUAUCACCUGUGACAAAACAUUUUUUUUUCACAUAAUAAUAACUCCAUAUCUGACUACUCAGUCCUAGUGCUCAACAAAAACCAGCACAACAUCUUCGGAAGCUUAAAUUCAGAACCUUUGCUGGACACUAAAAAACAUUCACUCAAUUAAGAUCCUGUAUUGUUGGCUCUCUGCAACAAUAUGUCCUACCAAUGCAGAAGUGCUAACUGCCCACUUUAUCUUUAAUGGUCUCUUGAAACACAUUUACUUCUUAUGUUUAACAGUCUAUUCUUUCUUGUGCUUAGCUGUGACAAUCUGAGUAUCUUUCCCAGAUCCAAAGAAGAGCUCUGUAAAUGUGAAAGCUUGUUUUUUUAUUCAGAAGAAAUUGGUCUCAUAAAAGCUAUUCUCUCACUUACCUGUCUAACCCAAAAUUUAUCACUUUAUGUCCAUUCUUAAGUAUAUAACAGACAGAAUUUUGCAUCCAGCCAACAAAUUCAUAUUGGAUUUAGUAUGGCCACUGAAAAUUCUUUUUAGCAUGUCAUGAGGGCCCAUGAGUGACAAUGAAUAGAGGUUUGAAUGCUUCAUAAGAUUUUCUGCAUUCUCAAUUCAGGGAGCCAACAGUUUGCCUUGCUCAGAAUUAUCAAUUAUGUUUUUGCAUUAUUUUUUUAAUCCGGGUCAGAACUGGAUUAAGGAAGUCAAAUGUUCAUUGUAUGCAGAUAUGUUUUCAAUAUACUUAGCUGAGAAUCCUGGUUUUCAGCACUUUUAUAAACAUGAUCAAACUACCUACAAUUAUGAAUUUCUGGUAUGACAGCAUAGUGCCUGCUUGUGGUUUGAUUGGAUACUUUUCUAGGGAUCAGUUGAUAACCAAAUUGAUAUAUAUGUGGGCAACUUGCAUAAAGCAAGUGCUGUUUCUGUUGUAGUAAAGUCCUCUUUUCUUAUAUUGCAUAGGUGCAACAUGUAUACAGAUAUGUACCUGUGUUUAUCCCUGUUGACACAUUGUGCCAAUUAAAAAAUAUGAAAAGUAUAAGAAUAGUGGAGGGCAUGUACCGACACUUUUGAGUGCCAAAGUCUGAUUAUAAUGCAGUGGGUACUUAAGUAUUUAAUGAAACUCACACAUGUUCCAAUAAAAAAGCACACUAUUAUUUACAAGCAUGCUUGAUGUGGACAUUUCAAUAGCACCACUGCAUAAAGUCAAUCAGGAAGGCAGAAAAUAGAUGAGCCUACAAAAGCUAUUUUACAUAUAUCCAUAUUGGUGGCACCCAACUACAAUGGGGUGCUUGCCAAACAUAGAAUGAGAUACUUUCCCCAAAUGUACAUCCUUUAUCCCACUAGGUUGAGGGUUUUUCCUAAAAUGAGAGUCCAGAAUUUAUGUCCACCUCCUUUCUGCAGUUUGCCUAAUAAUAGAAGUCAAAUUGUAAUGCAUUUUGUUAGACUAGAAAUCUCUAUGGAUUUUAUGUCCUCUAACAUACUGUAAAUUAUGAGUGUACAGAGUGGGAUUUUGUAAGAUUUAAAAGGUAUAUAUAGUACAAAUCUAUUAGAUUAGCAUGAAAUGUGCAUUACAUUGUAUACUAUUAAACUACCUUGACUAAGCGCCCGAUCUUGCAAACAUAUGAAUAAUUCUUUUUUGAUGGAAUAGCCCCUCUGUAGUCAGAGGAAUUCAUCACUACAAUAAGAAUUACUCAUGUUUUUAGGAUCAGACCCUAUCAUUGUAUUGUUUGCUCAGAUAGGAAAAUAAUUAAUGUGCAACAAAAAUGUAACUAUAGUCUUUUAAUGAAAUUUUAUAUUGCAAAUUAUUUUGACUUCUGAUUUUACUGAAAAAUGUUAUUUUAAAGGAACAUGGUGGAUUACUAAUACAGGAUAUCUUUUAGACCCACUUUAUACAUUUUAAAUAAGAAUAUUUUUUCUGUGUAUUGUAAAUGUUCUAAAUAUUUUCAGUAUUAGUAUUUCUGAACAUUAGAAGAAACUUAUUUCAAGCAAAACAAGCAGCGACAUCAAAGAAAUAUUUUCUGUUAAUUAGGCAUUUCAAAUAGUGGCAUAUAUGUUAUCUCACACUUUAGAAACUAUUUUUAAAAGAUGUGCUUUUUGUCAAGUCAAUUUUAUUUUCCCCUAAGCAAUAAUCUUGAAUUCUGGAUCCUUAUGUUUUCCCUAUUCUGAGAUAUUUUGACUGUAUUCUUCUUGCAAAUACCAGAGGUAAUUCAGACUUAUCCAUCAGGAUUUAAGGUUGGUCACACUCUUUAAAUUUACCUUCUGCAGCACUGAGUGGUGGACAGGGCUGUCAUUUUAUCCACUGCAAUGUUAUCUGUUAAAGCAGAUUUGGGGACAGUAGUAACCAAAAUCUUUUGCUCUCUACUCUCACAUUGUGAACCAAAAUUUGUAGGGCUUUUCUGAGCUCAUUUGCUCUAUUUGUUUUCCAUUUCCCUAUCACCACAGAGGUCAAGAGGCAAAAUGUGUGUGACAAGGUCUGAGGAGUCAGGGAGUGGUAUUUCAUGGAAAUUGCAGCAAAACCACAACAACCAACUUAACCAGACUCUAAGGACUUGUAUAAAUAAGGUGGGCUAGAUUCAUGCCCCAGCUUGCUGUAAGCUAGACAAGCCCUAAUUGAUUUAAGUCUUAGACAGCAUUGCCAAUUCCCAAUUCUCUGAGUUUCAAAACACACAGAUGGAGAAGGGAGAGAGAGAAAGAGAUCAGGAUCUUUCAGAUGGGACUUCUGAGAAAGGACCACAAGACAUUCUUCUGAUGUCUUUACAAUGGCUGCUUUUGAAUAUAGUCAUUACCAGUAAGAAGUUUGUUCCCAUUACUGAUAAACUAUUUAAUAUUUCCUACAGCUCUGCAAGCGGCUACACAAGCACUUCAAGGGUAUGUCUAGACUACAUGGCUCUGUCGACAGAGCCAUGUAAACUAGUUUACCCGGCAUAGUCAAUGAAGCGGGGAUUUAAAUAAUCAGGGGAUCAGUCGGCAAAG